UAGCGACACUCGCACUAUAGCUGCGUGCAACUGUCACGCUCCCCCAUCCUCCACUUUUCGUAUCCUGUUCUGUUCUUUUCUCUCUCCAUUUUCUUUCCCGGGAACCAGACAGAAAAUUCCACAAACACUGUUACAACAAUAUUAGCUGUCCCAACUCUCACCCAUUUUUCCUUUUCGCGACUUUUCUUGUCCUCCUUUCUCACCGUCCCCAUAGAUUUUAAUCCCCCCAAACUCCCAGUCUUCUUUACCAAUUAUUUGCAAGGACUUUUUCUUUGUUUGUUUUUCUUGAAAAAAAAAAAAAGAAAAAAAUCAAUACGUAACCGUUGGAAUUAUUAUCUAUCACAUUAUUCCCAUUUUUCAGCUGAGCUUUCUCUAAAUUCCAUUGAUGUACUUGCUUUGUACUUUAAUUUCUCUAUGAUGUGAAUUGUGGAGCAUUAAUUGAAGGAUCGAAAAUUAGGGUUUAGAAAUUAAGUCGGUUGGGCUGAAGAUGCUUCCUUGGGGUGGACUAAGUUGCUGUUUGAGUGCAGCUGCUCUUUACCUUCUCGGCAGGAGCAGUGGGAGGGAUGCGGAGCUUCUAAAAUCGGUCACUCGGGUCAAUCAGUUGAAAGAAUUGGCACAAUUACUGGACGCUGAGUGUAUAUUACCCCUAGUUGUUGCAAUUUCCGGCCGAGUUGGCUCUGAAACCCCUAUCAAUUGUGAAUUCAGUGGUUUACGAGGAGUUAUUGUGGAGGAAACGGCAGAACAACAUUUUUUGAAACACAAUGAUUCCGGGUCAUGGAUUCAGGAUUCUGCGUUGAUGCUAUCCAUGAGCAAAGAGGUUCCAUGGUAUCUGGAUGAUGGGAGUGGCCGUGCUUAUGUGGUGGGAGCCCGAGGUGCCACAGGUUUUGUGUUACCAGUAGCAAGUGAGGUGUUUGAAGAGUCCGGGAGAUCCCUUGUACGUGGGACGUUAGAUUAUCUACAAGGCCUCAAGAUGCUUGGAGUUAAGCGUAUUGAGCGAGUUCUUCCAACUGGUACUUCUUUGACGAUUGUUGGCGAGGCCGCCAAAGACGACGUUGGCACUGUUAGAAUUCAACGACCUCAUAAAGGACCAUUUUACAUCUCUCCCAAAAGUAUCGAUCAGCUCAUUACAAACCUAGGGAAAUGGGCAAGGUGGUAUAAGUAUGCAUCUGUGGGUUUGACAGCCUUUGGUGUAUAUCUGAUUGCUAAGCAUGCCGUCCAAUACAUUAUGGAAAGAAGGCGUCGUUGGGAAUUACAGAAGAGGGUUCUUGCUGCAGCUGCUAAGCGAUCCGGGAACGAUGAAGAAGGUUCAAAUGAUAUUACUGAAAGCGGAUUGGAUAGUUCUAAGAAAGACCGUCUAAUGCCAGAUUUGUGUGUGAUAUGCCUUGAACAGGAGUACAAUGCUGUUUUUGUGCCGUGCGGUCAUAUGUGCUGCUGCACAACUUGUUCCUCGCAAUUGACAAAUUGCCCUCUUUGCCGGCGUCGAAUCGAACAGAUUGUGAAAACUUUCCGCCAUUGAGGCCCUCUGCGUCACAGAUUUGUAGCUUCUAGAGAAGACCCCAGAUUUUUCAAUUUCGCAAUUUUCUUUUUCCUUUUUUUUUUCUUUUAACAUGGUGGCGAACAGCCAUUUGCCUAAAAGCAGAAUAUUGGCCAACAAUUAUUCUCAGAAUAUUACAGCCAUUGUACUUGUGGCUUCCGCAUUGCAAAAGAGAAAUUUCUUCAGGGAUUUGAAAAUUGUAAAUGAUUAACAGUUUGGGAUCCUUAUGUCAUUGUAAAUAGUUGUGGUUCUCUCUCUCUCACAUACAAAAUAUAGCUGGGUCACGUGGUAUUCUGUUCUCUAGAACAGUAUGAAUCUAGUUUAGCUUUUAGAAGGAUCAAUGGUGGCAUCACUACCUUUUGAAGUAAAGAGAUUUGGUAUGUCAAGAGAGUUGUGCAAUUACAUGAAGCUAGUUGGAUCACUUUGAGUUGAGGAA